AUGCAUCAUAAAAAUCAGAAAAAUCAGAAAAACAUAUUUGAAACAUUCAAGUGCCAAGUUUGCAAAUUUGAAUGUAAUAGUCAAAGAGAACUAAAAGUUCAUUUUGUAGAAUCCUCUGGUGACGGACUGCAUACAAGAAACAACAGCUUUUUAUAUUCUAAUGAAGCAGUGAAAUGUGGAAUUUGUUUAAGACAGUUCCGUACAAAAACUAGUCUUAAAGUUCAUAUCACAAGAAAACAUAAGAAAUCAAGUAGAAAGUCAAAGGCUGAUAAUAUUGAAUGUCCUUUUGAGGCUAGCUCGAUGGAUGGUAGAUUUCCGUCAUCAUCAUCAUCGUCAUUGAAUUCUUCAGAUAUUGUUAUGAAAGAAACAAACCUAAAUAGUUUAUCUGAAGAAACUUCAAAUUCUGCAGCAUCCUCAUCAGCACUAACACAGAAUAUAGUUAGAAAUCCUGGUGACAAUAUCUUACCUGAACCAUUACAAACUAUAUAUGUUGAGAACGGUGCAAAAUCUUUCUCAUGCCCAAUAUGUAAGAAAAAGUAUGUAACUAAGAAAACUAUUGAUGUCCACAUGAAGACCCACAACAAAAACUUCAAAUGUGAGGGUUGUGAUAGAAAGUUUUACUACGAUAAACAGUUACAGAAUCAUAUCGAUAACCAAUACCAGUGUAAACUGUGUCCAGAAAGGUUUUGUAAAGUUGUACUUUUCCGUACACAUCAUAAUGGGCAUCGCAAUCACAAAGACUUACAAUGCCAUCUUUGUCAAAAGAAAUUUUUGUAUGAAAUAAAUCUUAAACGACAUAUAAGCUUGCAUUCUAAAUUUGGUAUAGGACCAUUUGAAUGUAAAAUUUGUAAAGCUACUUUUAAGAGGAAAGAUACAUAUUCUUAUCAUAUACGUGAUCAUGAACAAGGAAAACAAUUUUUAUGUCAUGCAUGUGGAAAACAAUUCUCCCUUUUACAAAAUCUACUCAUUCAUGCAGCAACACAUGACCUCGUUCCUGGUAUUAGGAAGAAUUUAUUUAAAUGUGAUAUAUGUGGUAAAACCUAUACACAUAAAAGUGGUCUUAAUGUACACAUUGUGUACAAACACUCUGAUAGGAAGUUGCAGUGUAGAUAUUGCAAUAAAAUUAUGGCUAUGCCGAACACUUUGAGGCGUCAUGAGCUCACUCAUACUGGUGUUAAAAAGUUUGAAUGUGAAUAUUGUAGUAAAAAGUUUUACACAAAAGAUAGAUUGAAAGUCCAUAUUGUUGUACAUACUAAAGAGAGGCCAUUUAAAUGUCAGAUAUGUGAAAAAAGAUUUGGUCAAUAUGCUUCUCUUGCCAGACAUAAAAAAUCUAUGCAUUAA